GAUCUUCCUAUCCCCUAAAAUACCAUAAAACCCCUAUCCUUAACCCAUAUGAUCCCACUAUCUAUCAAAAUAAUAAUAUCACUACAUUAUCCAAAUGAAAAAUAAAUAAGUGGUUCUACUUCACUUCAAUUUCUAGCAACAGGAUCUCCACAAUCACUUGCAAAAUUAUCAAACACAAUUCAAACAUAUCAAUAACUUAGUGGACUCAAUUUUUCAUAGGAAAAUAAAAAUUAUACACCUUCAAAAAGUGUUCAUUAAUUAAUAACAAUGGCCUUAAUCUCUUCUUCUUCUCUCACUAUAACCUCUUCCUCUAACCUUUUUGAUUGCAAAGCUUCUUCUCCACAAUGUAUGAGACUAACCACUCUUCCAUCAUCACUCCCUUUGUUGUCUCAGAAUCAUGCAGUGAAGACAAAUUCUCAUUAUCGAAAGAUUGGUCGUGAUGUUAUGGUUAUGGCCACUGGAGAUGCACAAGCAGAAGUUGACUCAACUGAACUACCUGAGUUUGUUAAGUCCAUUCAAGAAACUUGGGACAAAGUGGAUGAUAAAUAUGCAGUGAGUACAUUGAUUGUAGCUAGUGUGAUUGCACUAUGGAGUUCAACUGGUUUGAUUUCAGCAAUAGAUAAGCUUCCCUUGAUUCCUGGAGUUCUUGAAUUAAUAGGCAUUGGCUAUUCCGGGUGGUUUGCAUACAAGAACCUAGUUUUCAAACCAGAAAGGGAAGAACUUGUACAGAAAGUAAAGGAAACAGUUAAUGAAAUAAUUGGAAGCAAAUAAAAUGCUGUUGACAUGAUAGAGUUCUAUCUGGCAGGAUUCUGUUGAAGAUUUCAUAAUUAUUCAUUUUGUAGCCAUAAGCUCUUAGACCCAUGUAAUUUAAUAUUUUCUGGAAGAAAAAAUAUUGUCUGAUAAAUAUGAAUCUACAUUCCAAUUUAAGACUAUCUUAUUUUUGAGU